AUGACUCUUUUACGGCAAUACGGACGAAUUCUCAACGACGAGGUUGUUUCGGAUCGUUUGGAUCCAAUUAUUGGACGAGAGACCGAAAUUCGGCAAAUUAUAGAAAUUCUUUCGCGAAAGAAAAAAAAUAAUCCGGUCUUAAUUGGUGAUGCCGGAGUGGGAAAAACGGCAAUUGCGGAAGGUUUGACACAACGAAUUGUCAAGCGGGAUGUUCCUCAAAAUCUCUACGACAAAAUUGUGUUUGAAUUAAGUAUUAGUGCUUUAUUAUCGGGAGCAAAAUUUCAAGGAGAAUUUGAAGAACGUUUAAAAAAAAUUACCGAUGCAAUGAAAGAAAAUCCAAAUAUUCUAAUCUUUAUUGACGAACUGCAUUUAAUUGUCGGGGCUGGACGAACUCAGGGAGCGAUUGAUGUCGCGAAUAUCUUAAAACCCAUGUUGGCCAACGGAGAAUUGAGAGCAAUUGGAGCAACGACCACCGACGAAUAUCGUCAAUAUAUUGAAAAAGAUACCGCACUCGAACGACGUUUUCAACCGGUUUUCGUUGAUGAACCGAAUAUCGAAGAAACAAUUACAAUCUUACGUGGAUUAAAACAAAGAUAUGAAACCUUUCAUGAAGUUUCAAUUCGUGAUAAUGCGAUUGUCGCCGCGGCGAAAUUAUCGGAACAAUAUAUUACUCAACGACAAUUACCCGAUAAAGCAAUCGAUUUGAUUGAUCAAGCAUGUGCCAAAGUGAAAACGGAAAUCUGAUCCGUGCCCAGUUCUUUGGAUGAAAUUCGCCGGCAAGAAACACAAUUAAAAAUUGAAGUGAAUGCAUUGGUUAAAGAAGAAGAACGCGAUGCUGAAACAGAAGAUCAACUUCAAAAAGCUCAAAUUGAACUCAAACAAAUAAAAAUGAAAAAACAAGAAUUGGAAAAACAAUGAAAUAAGGAAAAAACAAAUUUACAAUCUUUGGCCAAUAUAAAUAAACAAUUGUCGCAAAGCAAAAAAAUCUAUGAAGAAGCUUUGGAAAAUGGAGAUUUAGAGAAAGCCGCCGAAUAUAAAUACAAAAUUUUACCUAAUUUACACAACGAAUUAAAAAAACUUAAAGAGGAUAAAAGUCAGGAUAAAAACUCUUUGAUUCGCAAUGUUGUGGAUGAAAAAUUAAUCGCUUCGAUCAUUGCUCAAUGAACUAAAAUUCCUUUGGAAAAAUUAAUACUAAGCGAAAAACAAAAAUUAUUAAAUUUAAAAAUAAGUUUGCGAGAACAGGUUAAAGGACAAUUUGCGGCUACGGCUUCGGUCGCGGAUGCAAUUUUGCGUUCGCGAACGGGAGUUAAAGAUCCACGUCGGCCGAUUGGAUUUUUAUUUCUCGGUUCAACCGGAGUGGGAAAAACUCAUUUAGCAAAAGUUUUAGCCAAUUUAAUGUUUUCCUCGGAAAAGAAUUUAGUUCGUUUGGAUAUGUCUGAAUAUAGUUCCCGUUUUACUGUAAGUCGUCUAAUUGGCUCUCCUCCGGGUUAUGUUGGAUAUGAAAAAGGAGGACAAUUAACCGAAAAAAUCAAAUACAAACCAUAUUCCGUGGUUCUAUUUGACGAAAUUGAAAAAGCUCAUGCCGAUGUUCAAAAAAUUCUCUUACAAAUUUUAGAAGAAGGAGAAUUAACCGAUGGAUUAGGAAAAAAAAUCAGUUUUCGGAAUACCAUUGUGAUUGUUACUUCGAAUCUCGGCGCGGAAGCGAUUGCUAAAAAAGAAGCCGAUGCGAACAGUCUUAUGAGUCAUGUGCGCAAGAGAAACCAGUGA